UUCCCAUUUCCCAUUUCCCAUCCCGAUCCCGUCUCUCCCUCAUUCCCGCAGGGAAGGGAUGCUCCUCUCCUAACGCCCCGGCCCUCCCUCGGACCAGCGCCAUUCCCGACCCCCGGAGCAGCUCUUCCCGCCGCCUCUCCGGGAUUCCCGACACCAUGGGGACGCCGGAUCGGGAUCCCCCCCGGGAUUCCCCCCGGGAUUCCCAGCGGGAUCAGGAGGAGACGCGGAUCCUCAAGGUUUGCUUCUACAGCAACAGCUUCAACCUGGGCAAGAACUUCAAGCUGGUCAAGUGCACGGUGGCCACCGAGAUCCGGGAGGUGAUCCGCUCCAUCCUGCAGAGCGGCCGGAUCGGGCCGGACAUCCGUCUGUCCGGCUGUUACGGCCUGCGGCUGAAGCACGUCAAGUCGGACGAGAUCCACUGGCUCCAUCCCCACCUGACCGUGGGAGAAGUCCAGGAAAAAUACGAGUGCCUCCACCUGGAAGCCGAGUGGAGGUACGACCUCCAGAUCCGGUACCUGCCUGAGGAUUUCAUGGAGCGCUUCCAGGAGGACAGGACCACGCUGCUCUACUUUUACCAGCAGGUGCGCAGUGAGUACAUGCAGAGCUACGCCAGCAAGGUCAGCGAGGGCAUGGCCCUGCAGCUGGGCUGCCUCGAGCUCAGGAGGUUCUACAAGGACAUGCCCCACAAUGCGCUGGACAAGAAAUCCAACUUCGAGUUCCUGGAGAAGGAGGUGGGGCUGGACCUGUUCUUCCCCAGCCAGAUGCAGGAGAACCUGAAGCCGCGGCAGCUGCGUCGGAUGAUCCAGCAGACGUUCCAGCAGUUUGCGCAGCUGCGCGAGGACGAGUGCGUCCUGAAAUUCCUGCUGACCCUGGGAGCCUGCGCCCCCAUCGAGCAGGAGAGCUUCCGCUGCCAGCUCGCCCAAGGGUGGAACAUCACGGUGGAUCUGGUCAUCGGCCCCAAGGGGAUCCGCCAGCUCACCGCCAAGGACUCCAAGCCCACCUGCCUGGCGGAAUUCCGGGAUAUCCGAUCCAUCCGCUGCUCGGCGGCCGAGGACGGGCAGGCGCUGCUGCAGCUGGCGCUCAGCGGGAACCCCCAGUCGCUGGCGAUCCGGACGUCGUCGCUGGCGGAGGCGGAGAACAUGGCCGACCUCAUCGACGGCUACUGUCGGCUCCAGGGGGACUCGGAGACGUCGCUGAUCGCAUUCCCGAGGAAAGACCGGGAGAAGCGGAUCAGCCUCCCACAGAUCCCGGCCCCGAAUCUGGGAGAGAGGAAUUCCACCGUUUCCCACAGCGCCAGCGGCGAUUCCGAGAUCUACGCCGAGAUCCUGGACGAGUCCUCGCGGCCCAGAUCCGGAGCCCAACCCUUCGGAAUCUCCCGCGACGCCGUCGCCCUGGGCCGCAUCCUGGGAGAAGGAUUCUUCGGAGAGGUUUUCCAAGGAAUCUACAGCGCUCCCGGCGGGGAGCGCGUGGAUGUGGCCGUCAAGACCUGCAAGGAGGAUUGCAGCCCGGAAAACCGGGAGAAGUUCCUCAGCGAAGCCGUGCUGAUGAAGAAGCUGGACCACCCCCACAUCGUCAAACUCAUCGGCAUCACCGAGGACGAGCCCACCUGGAUCGUCAUGGAGCUCUAUCCCUACGGAGAGCUGGGGCAGUUCCUGGAGCGUCGUCGUGCGGAGCUGGCGGUGCCCAGGCUGGUGCUGUACGCGCUGCAGGUGGGGAAGGCCCUGGCCUACCUGGAGGCGCUCAGCUGCGUCCAUCGGGACAUCGCCGUGCGGAACGUCCUGGUGGCCUCCCCGGAAUGCGUCAAGCUGGGAGACUUCGGCCUCUCCCGCUACAUCGAGGACGAGGAAUAUUACAAAGCUUCCGUCAGCCGCCUUCCCAUCAAGUGGAUGGCGCCGGAAUCCAUCAACUUCCGACGCUUCACCACCGCCAGCGACGUCUGGAUGUUCGCCGUGUGCGUGUGGGAGAUCCUGAGUUUCGGGAAGCAGCCGUUCUUCUGGCUGGAAAACCGGGAUGUGAUCGGAGUCCUGGAAAAGGGGGAUCGGCUCCCCAAGCCCGAGCGCUGCCCGCCCCUGCUCUACGCGCUCCUGACGCGCUGCUGGGACUACGACCCCGGGGAAAGGCCCCGCUUCCAGGAGCUGGUCUGCAGCCUCAGCGACAUUUACCUGAUGGAGAAGGAGCUGGCCCAGGAGCAGGAGAGGAACCAGCGGCACCGCGCUCCCAAAAUCCUGGAGCCGCCGACAUUCCAGGAGCCGCCCCCCAAGCCCAGCAGGCCCCUGUACAAGCCGCCAUCCCAGAAUAAUCUCCUGGCUCCCAAGCUGCAAUUCCAGGUUCCGGAGGGGCUCUGUGCCAGCUCUCCCGCCCUCGCCAGUCCCGCCGAGUACCAGACUCCGGCCAAUUCCCGGCGCUCUCCUCCUCCUCCCGGCCGCCACAGCGCCUUCAAGCGCCGCAGCAUGAGGGAGGAGGAUUUCCAGCGGCCGCGGAGCCGGGAGGAGGCUCAGGAGCUGCUGGAGCUGGAGCGGCUGCGGGUGGAGCGCGCCAUGGAGCGCCAGCAGCGCGAGAUGCUGGAGGACGAGCGCUGGCUGCGACAGGAGGUCCAGAGCCUGGAUCCCAAGGUUUUCCUGACCAACAACAUUCCUCCGCUGCUCCCGGAGAAGGAGACGGAUUACACGCAAUUCACGGGGCCCCCCCAGAAACCUCCGCGGCUCGGAGCUCAGCCGGCGGCGCAGCCGGAGCGCCGGGAUGAUCCGGUUUACGGGAACGUCACGGAUCUGGUGCGGGCCGUGCUGCGGCUGAAGAACGAGAUCGGGCUGGUGCCUCCCGACGGAUACAUCCUGGUGGUCAAGGACAUCGGCCUCUCCCUACGGAAACUCAUCGGGAGCGUCGACGAGAUCCUUCCCGACCUCCCGCCCUCUUCCCGCACCGAGAUCGAGGGCACCCAGAAGCUGCUGAACAAGGACUUGGCCGCCCUGAUCGGGAAGAUGCGGCUGGCGCAGCAGAAUUCCGGGACUUCCCUGCGCUCGGAAUUCCAGCGGCAGAUGCUGACGGCUUCCCACGCCCUGGCCGUGGACGCCAAGAACCUUCUGGAUUCCGUGGAUCAGGCCAAGCUCCGGGCCAAGCCGGGCUCGGAAUGACGGAGGAAAAGCGGGAAAAGACAAAAGGCGAUGGAAGAAAAGCCGGAGCGGCCGCCGGCGGAUCCGUGGGAUCCGUUGGAUUCGCCGCCGUUGUUUUUCCCGCUUCCCGUGGGUUUUGUUUUUUCUGUCGUUCCCCUGCUGCUCGUGUCUGCCGGUGUCGCGUUCGCUCUUGGGCUGGGAGGCGUCCGUCUGUCCGUCUGUCCGUGUGUCCGUCCGUCCGUCCGGGGCGGGGGGGUUUCCCGGGAAAAAGAAGAUUUCCCAGGAAAAAUAAGGGGUUUUCCCAGGAAAAGGAAGG